CCUUCUAUAGAAUCAUAUAUAACAUUCUUUCUCUUCUUUUCAUUCAGUGUCAUCAAGAAUGGGAGAACCUCUCAUUGUUGGGGGAGUAGUUGGGGAUGUUCUUGAUUCUUUCAAUCCUAGCAUUAAAAUGUCAGUCACUUUCAAUAACAAGCAAGUCUUUAAUGGACAUGAGUUUUACCCUUCAUCUGUUGCCACCAAACCUAGGGUUGAGAUUCAAGGUGGUGAUUUAAGAACUUUCUUCACUCUGGUCAUGACCGACCCUGAUGUCCCUGGACCUAGUGAUCCUUAUUUAAGGGAACACCUUCACUGGAUUGUGACAGACAUCCCAGGCACAACAGAUGCCACAUUUGGAAGGGAAGUUGUGAACUACGAGAUCCCAAGGCCAGAUAUAGGAAUCCACAGGUUUGUUUUCGUUCUUUUCAAGCAGAAACGUCGACAGGUAAUCAGGUCACCUUCUUCGAGAGAUAACUUCAACACCCGAGAUUUCGCUGCUGAGAACGAUCUUGACCUCCCUGUUGCCGCUGUUUAUUUCAAUGCACGAAGAGAAACUGCUGCAAGGAGACGCUAAUUAAACCUUCAAAACUCAAGGAAGAACGUUCCAUUUGGAUUGGGAAAAAAAACUGGGUUUUUAUGUAAACUGUGUGGUUAUUCUAAAAAAUGUAGUCUUGCAGUACCACUAGUCUAAAUAAUUUACUGCAGAGAACUUCUUCUUGAGACUCUA